AUGGCAGACGCCCUGGAGUCUAGCGGAAAGCGAUCGACAUCUCGUUCACGAACGUCGCGUCCCACGACGCCCCUGCGCCCGUCAUCGCGGUCGUCUUUUAGAGAAUCAGCCAGGGACAGCGUUCAUGGCGGCGAGCCCUUCCCUCUCAACACCUUCGAGCCAGCCUUUGCAGAGCUAUCCGAUGCCAUGGCCGACCUUGAAGCUAACAUGAUGCACUUUCAAUUGAUGCAUGAGAGCCUGGCUCGCUUCAGCGAAUCCUUUGCCAGCUUCCUCUACGGUCUCAAUAUGAAUGCCUUCUGCGUUGACUUCCCCGAAGGUCCUAUUGCGGAAUCCUUUCGACGUGCAAAGCAACAAGAGGAGUCGGCUACAAGUAGGUUUUGUGCAGUACCAGCCCGAGCGGAGAAAGCUGGGCCGGAGAAUGACGGCGAAACGACCUUUAUGACUACGGAUAUAUCGUUUGUCGAAAACCCCCCUGCGUCUGCCAAACCAACGCCGAGGUUGAAGACCCCCGAGGCAAGAACAUCACGAGUCCCAGGCCCGAGCACUCGUGGUACUUCGACCCGGGGCAGAGGAGCGCGCCGUGGUGGCGCCGAGUCACAAAGAGGCCGGCCUAGUGGACUGGCCCGGGCCCGAGGCCGUGGUAUCCGUUGA